UCUUACCCCACACUACUUUAUUUUCAGUGAUUAAUAUAUUUUUAAACAGUUCAGUCUCAACCAUAGUUUAGUUAAGUUUAUACGACACCGGUGGUGACGACGGGUUAAAGUUGAAAUGGUUGGUGCUUUAAUAAGAAUUCGUAUUCUGUCGUCACAAUUCAGGUUAAAGAAUAUACCGCGGUACACGUGCUUGUGACGUCAUAGGGCGCGUUAUACAUGCUCAUUAUGACGUAACUAUAGCGUUAUACAUGCGUAUCUAACCGACGUUUCCGCUCGCGUCGAAUGUUCUAGUUUAGCACACCGUUGGUAUGUAGCGAAUAUAACGUGUAUGAUGUAUAUGUUCAUGUAAAUAACAUGUGUUUGGCAACUUGUAUAAACAUGUUGACCGCUGUUUGUAGAAGGUGAAGGUUAAUAACACGGUGGGUGGGUUUGGGGGGUGGGAACUUCACAAUGGUGUGUGAUUGUUGUAAUUAAUGCUUAUUAUGACGACACAAUGCAACUAGUGUCGUGACAAGGGUGAUUGUUAAUAUAGUCACGUGAGUUGAGGCAGUUAUAGAUGAAAUAUUUGUAGCGAAAGUUGACAAUGUACGGUUGGUGUUGGUGGUAUAUAUGCACGGUAUUUUAGCUUUCUUAGUAUUAACUACCAUGCUGAUAUAAAGAAGCUUCACCCGUAUUGGUAACCAACCGUAUCAACAACAACAUGGAUUCUACAGUUAGCGUACAACAACAGUUUAGCCACAGAAUGGUGAAACACAAACCAGGGGAGCUGCUUGAAGAAACUUAUACUGUGAAAGAUCCGCUUGGAAGUGGUCGAUUCGGCAAAGUUUGGUUGGUGGAAGACCAGAAGACAGGUGACAAGUUCGCUGCCAAGCAAUGCGCGUGUAGAAGGGCGAGCCAACGUAAGGAAUUUGAGUUGGAGAUUGAAAUAAUGAAUUCACUCGAUCAUCCCAAGCUUCUACAACUCUACGACGCUUUCUUCGGGAAGAAUGACGUCACACUUAUUCUAGAAUUGGUAACGGGGGGUGAAUUAUUCGAUCGAAUCGCUGACGAAGCGUUUGAUCUAACGGAGGCGCUCGCUGUUAAAUAUAUUCGACAAAUAUGUGAAGCUGUCCAGUACAUGCACGGGAACAUGAUAUUACAUCUGGAUAUAAAGCCGGAGAACAUAUUAUGCGUGUCACCUGAACGGUUGGACUCGAUCAAAAUCAUUGACUUUGGGUUUGCACGCAAAUACACCCCUAACUCACCCCUCAAAAUAAUGUUUGGAACCCCGGAGUUUGUUGCCCCCGAGGUCGUGAACUUUGACCCCCUGGGGAAGGGUACGGACAUGUGGAGCAUUGGGGUCGUGACCUAUGUGCUAUUAUCAGGUUUGUCCCCUUUCAUGGGUGAGGAUGAACAGGAAACAUUAUCGAACGUAACGGCUUGCGAUGUGGAUUUUGAUGAUGAUUCCUUCGAUGACGUCAGUGAUGAUGCAAAGACAUUUAUUACUAAGCUGUUGGAUAUCAGGGAAAGCAAACGUCCCAACUGCGCUGAAUGUUUGGAACACUCCUGGUUAAGCAAGGAAGAUCAACACCGUAAAAGUUUGUCGGCUGCUGUUGUUAACCUCAAGAAGUUUGUGGCGCGGAGGAAAUGGGUGAGAUCGAUUAACGCUGUUCGUGCCAUGACAAGGUUACAAGCUGGUUUGAAAAAGAAUGACGACCCCUCAACCAGCAAAUAAAGUCACAACUCCCACCUUAUAAUAGGAUUCCCGCUUCUCUUGUUUUCACUUCACAAAGUUUUUGUUAAUCAAAUUACUUCGUUUGAUUUCAAAACUAAAUAUUUUGAUCGAUAAAAACUUACUCAGCAUGCUUGUUUGUACAUUUGCAAUUAUUCUUUGUUUGUUUAAUAAAAUGUUGGAAAAUGUUG